GCUGCGCAACCCGGCGCAUGCGCGGAGGGAGGUCGAUUUAGCGGUUGUUUCCUGCUUGCUGUUUCCACUCGAAGCAAUGGCAGAAGUAAAAGCUUCCCUGGCUUGUGGAGUUAUAGCGGCUUUCCUGAGUUCAGCGGUGCUUGCAUUUGUUGAAGACCUAGAUGACACAUUUAAAGACACCAGAGUGAAUGACGUCUGGCUGGUUGAUUUCUAUGCUCCGUGGUGCGGCUAUUGUAAAAAACUAGAGCCAAUAUGGCAUGAGGUAGGAGCUGAGCUGAAGAGCUCAGGGUCGCCGGUUCGUGUGGGAAAGAUGGAUGCUACGGCUUACUCUGGAAUGGCAUCAGAGUUUGGUGUUCGUGGUUACCCCACAAUAAAACUGUUAAAGGGUGAUCUUGCCUACAAUUACAAGGGACCGAGGACAAAAGAUGAUAUUGUAGAGUUUGCCAACAGGGUGGCAGGACCAGCCGUCCGAGCCCUUCCCAGCAAGCAGAUGUUUGAGCACAUGAUGAAACGGCACGAUGUGCUUUUUGUGUAUGUUGGUGGGGAUUCUCCUCUCAAAGAGAAGUACAACGACGCUGCCUCUGAGCUCAUUGUCUAUACUUACUUCUUCUCUGCUUCAGAGGAAGCCUUGCCAGAGUCAGUAUCUUUGCCAGAGCUUCCUGCUGUCGUAGUCUUUAAAGAUGGAGGCUACUUUACCUAUGAUGAGUACGAGGACAGUAGCUUAUCAUUGUGGGUGAACAAGGAGCGCUUCCAAGGAUACCUUCAGAUUGAUGGCUUUACGUUGUAUGAGCUGGGGGAAACAGGCAAACUGGUGGCAAUUGCAAUCAUCGAUGAGAAGGACCCCACAGAGGAGAGUGGCAGAUUAAAGACCUUGAUGCAGAGGGUGGCAAAGGAAUACCGGGAACACUUUAACAGAGACUUCCAGUUUGGCCACAUGGACGGGAAUGACUACAUUAACAGCCUCAUUAUGGGCGAGGUGACAGUUCCCUCCGUUAUCAUCCUCAACACAUCCAACGAGCAGUACUUCCUGCCCAGUGAGCCGAUCGAAAGCAUGGAGCAGCUGGUCCAAUUCAUCAGCAGUGUUCUGAACGGUUCUGCACAGGCAUAUGGAGGUGACGGCAUCAUUCAGAGGAUCAAACGUGUUGCCUUUGAUGCCAGGUCCACCAUUAUGUCGGUGUUUCGCAGCUCUCCACUGCUGGGCUGCUUCCUGUUUGGCCUACCGCUGGGCGUAAUUAGCCUGAUGUGCUAUGGCAUCUGCACAGCUGAGUCUGAUGACGGUUCGGAUGACAUAGAUGCGCCGAAGAGAGAGGGCCUGACUGAUGAGGAGGAGGAAGAGGAGGAGGAGGAGAGGCAACGUGCUGCGGCGCUGGAGGGCCCAGAAGAAGAGGAUGAGGACGUUGGAGAGAAGGAUCCUGAAGAGAAGAAAACCGAUUAACACAGGGGCACCUGCUGGAUAGAGGAUCAUAGGCCUAGUCAAAUGCAGUGACAUGAAACUCAAAGACAUAUCAAUGUGUUAGCCACUGAAUUAUGUUGAAAGCAAACAGCCUCUUUAAUGAUGGAGUGUAAACACUGUUCACAUGAAGAAGGGAUGGCUGCGAACCAAACAUACCAUCUUAUUUAUUAUGAUUCCAACCAACCAACCAGUGGUUAAUUCCAUGUGACGUGUGACACCCUGAUUUCAUAGGUCAGUGUCUUGAAACCACUUUUUUUUUUGUCGCAUACCGAACUAUUUUUCAUUUUAAUUCUCAUUUUCUAUAUUAUCCUACAGUAGUAGAAACUGAUUGAUGUUGCCUUUAAAUUUGCCCUCAAUCCAUUGUGUAGGCUUGUGUAGGCUUGUGUAUUGUUAUUGACGCGUGUAGAAUGAAAAAGAAGUGCCCAACAAGGAAAAUCUGCCAUCGUUGAAAUGUGCAGUUUUUGUUUUUAAUUCUGUGUUAUUGCCUAAAAAUAUUUCUUCUUAUAAAGGGUUACAAAGUGCCCAGACAGUUCUGCACUUCACCGCAUUUCUCUGUCAGCCAUCUGCUGUCAUUAAGAAAGACUGGGGACAAUAAUCGGGAUCACUCGCUGUGAUACCGACACACGGCAGAUGGACAUUUUUAACCCAUUUCCUUCCAACAUGACCAACUGGGUAAAAACAAAUAAAAAAUAUCCUUAUAUAGACAGGUUGUACCUGUCUAGCAAAAGCCAUAACAUGCAUCAGUAGCUCCUGUGGAUCUUAACAAGUCAUAUUCCUCAGACAGACAAGCUCUGUCUGUUUCCAUAUUUCAGGCUAUCCCCCAUCACCGGUUUCUAUAUUCAAUUCAUUUGACAUUUGAAGUUUACAUCCCAAUGCCCUGAGAUGUACACAGAGCAUGUAGAACAUUAGGAUUGUCUUUAUGCUGCUGAGUUGUUGUUGUUGUUGUUCUUUUCUUUUUUUCUUUGUUGGUCUCAAGGCAUAGAGAUCCUGUAUACCCUCUCCUUGUGACUAAAGUGUGUGUAAUAGCUGAAGUCAAGUAGGGAUAAUGGAUUCCUCCUUAAUUCACCAGACCAAUCUAUUUCAUAAAAAGACAGAGUGUUCCCAAAAUCCUCUACACCCAGUGUAAUAACAUUUUCAUGAAAAUUCCACAGUACAGUGCACCUUACUGGAUUUAGGGUGCAAUGAGGCAGAGACCUCAAAGCAUCUGAAAACACAACUUGAAUAUCUGUAAAAUAGAUUCUUACUCUCAGCUGGUACGGCGAGUUACGUGGCGUCCACCUUUUCCAAUAAAGAUCAAUUUUCUUCAAUAUAA